AUGAUCCGUUUCUUUUUGCUUGUUAACAAGCAAGGUCAAACGCGGUUCUCUAGAUAUUAUACAGAGUUUCCCGUACCGCCUGAAGAGAGGGAAGUCAUGGAAGCAGAAAUAUCACGUCGUUGUUUGAAGCGUGGAGAACAGCAGGACAUACAAAAUAGAAGAUAUGCCUCAUUGUUCUUUUUAAUUGGGUUUGAGGAAGACGAAAAUGAAUUUGCUAUUCUUGAAUUCGUUCAAGCGUUUGUUGAGACGUUAAACACGUACUUUGAUAAUGUUGUAAGUAGGAUGCAAAUUGAUCUCAUUUGA